GCAGCAAAAGAGGAGGAAGAACUUCCUACAGAGGAGGUGGAAGAACUUCCUGCAGAGGUGGAGAAAGAACUUACUGCAGAAGAAAGAAGGAAACUGGAAAGAAAACUAAAAAAAGAGCGCAAGAAGAAGGAGAAACAGCUGCUGAGGGAAGCUGGAAUCUCCAUUAAAAAGGUGCAGCCCCAAAAGCCAUCGGGAUCUGAGCGAGCUCUGGCCUAUUUAACCAGCUGGUCUGAAAACCCAGAAGAAUGGAAGUUUCAAAAGACAAGACAAACGUGGCUUCUCCUGCACAUGUAUGAUAAAGAGAAGGUUCCAGACAAAUAUUUCACCAUUUUACUGGAUUAUCUGCAAGGGCUUCAGGGAGGUGCACGAGACAAAACUGUGCAGAAAGCUGAAGAUUUUAUGAAGGAAUUUGAUGGUUCUGAUACAGAAGACCCAAAGCUGCUGGAGAAGUGUGAGCGCAUACGACAAGUUCUGCAGCUGCUGUCCUGA